AUGUUUUUUUCAGGUUUAUUAGGCUCUAGUCGUUUUACUCUUGCUAUAGUCGGCUUUAUUGGUUGCACUUCGUUUUACACGCUAAGAAGUGAUGUUAGCUUUGCAAUUGUUUGCAUGGUCAAUGGAACUGCAACAGAAGAGAAAUCGGGAAGCGAUACAAGCAAAUGCGGCGGUACAAAUGACACUGACAAAGCUGAUAAGGUAGAAGGCGACUUGUUAUGGUCAAAGGCGCAGCAAGGAUUUGUGCUCAGUUCGUUCUUUUGGGGCUACCUGUUCAGUCAGUUAAUUUUUGCAAAAUUGAUUGUAAAAGCUGGAGCGAAAGUUGUUAUCGGUAUUUCAAUAUUUCUGUCUUCGGUUGUUACGCUUUUGUCGCCAGUUGCCGCCAAUAUUCAUGUCAUCUUUUUUAUGGCAAUGAGGAUUAUUAUGGGAUUUGUUCAGGGAGCAUUAUUUCCAGCUUUACAAACUCUUUGGUCAAACUGGGCACCGCCGCUUGAAAGAAGCUUGUUAAUUAGUUUUUGUUAUGCAGGUAAUCAACUGGGAGUAAUGAUCUCCAUGCCCGUAUCUGCAGCGCUUUGUAAGUACGGCUUUGCUGGUGGAUGGCCGUCGGUUUAUUACGUUUUUGGUGCAAUAGGACUGCUCUGGUCAGCUCUGUGGUUCUUCUACGUAGCCGACACUCCCCAUGAACAUAGGUUUAUAAGCAACCAUGAAAAAGAGUACAUUAGGUCAUCUUUAGGACACUUAGCCAAUAUUGGUAAAAAGCAAGUUAUACCAUGGCGAGCAAUGUUUACUUCAAAAGUUGUUUGGGGGAUUUGGUGUGGACAUUUUGCCAGUGACUGGGGAGCUUAUAUAAUGAUGACUAGUUUACCCACAUACAUGAACGACGUUUUAGAUCUGGACCUCAAUUCUAUGGGAGCUGCAGCUGCAGCGCCUUAUAUUGCAUAUUUUGUUUUUAUAAAUAUUGGAGGAUUUUUGGCUGAUAGGAUUCGAUCAGCAAACCUGUUGUCGACAGGAACAACUCGAAAGCUGGCUAUGAUUAUUGCAAUGGGAGGUCAGGCUGCUUUCCUAGUUGCUAGUGGUUAUUGCGGAUGCGGUCAGAAAACUCUUGCUAUUGUAUUCGUUACCGCUGGAAUUGGGAUUUCUGGAUUUGCAUAUGCUGGUUAUGUUGUAAAUUAUUUGGACGUUGGAGGACAUUUGGCUGGACCUCUAGUAGGUAUUGGGAACACAAUUACCUGCAUUGCAGGAAUUAUUGGGCCUAUUAUCGUUGGAUGGGUUACUCAUGCGGGUACAAGUGAAGAAUGGAGGCUUGUAUUCUGGAUAACUGCUGCUAUUCUUGUGGUCUGUACAGCAUUCUUCGCAGUCUUAACAACGGGUGAAUUACAACCUUGGGCGGAAGUACCAUGUGAAGAAAAUGGUUCCACUUCCGACGAGGAAAAGAAGAGUGCUGCGGAGAUUUCGACAAUGAUUAGUUGUUUUAUUCUUGUAGCUUUAUCGUAUUACUCAUCAGAAUGCUUUAAAGAGAAUUACCUUAUAGUUUUGCUGUUUUUUACUUUAUUGGAGCUACUGGUGGGCCGUGCCAGUGAUCGUUGUAGUGAGAAGUUGAACUUCACAGUGUAUGCUGCGAUGAUAAGGGCAAUAGCAGAACUUGUGAAUGCCUGUACUGUAAUUAAAAGGCCGAAGUCCUACCAUUGUUUUCUUCUAACUUUUGGAUCAGAAUACCAUGUUGAUUUAUUGGGAUCAGCUCGUUUGACAUUGGCUUUCAUUGGUUUUCUCGGCUGUGCAUGUGCCUAUGCUCUAAGAAGUGAUGUUAGUUUUGCAAUUGUUUGUAUGGUUAAUGGUACAGCAGUAAAAGAUACUGACAGUGAUUCCAAAGAUAAUAAAUGUGGUAACGACAGCUCUUCAGAUGACGAUGACAAGGUAGAAGGUGACCUGUUAUGGUCAAAAGGGCAACAAGGAUAUGUGCUUAGCUCCUUCUUUUGGGGCUACCUGUGUAGCCAGUUUCUUGGUGGUUACUUAAGUGCCAUAAUCGGUUCUCGAAUAGUCGUUGGAGGUUCUGUUUUAUUGUCUUCCCUGAUUACAAUGAUAUGUCCGGUUGCUGCAGAAACUCAUGUAGUUUUGUUUAUUGGUGUAUUAUUUCCAUCUUUGCAAGUUUUGUGGUCUGACUGGGCACCACCGCUUGAAAGAAGUAUACUAACCAGCUUCUGCUAUGCAGGUACACAGGUAGGAGUGACAGUGACAAUGCCUAUAUCUGCACUGCUUUGCAAGUAUGGUUUUGCAGGAGGAUGGCAAUCUGUUUACUAUGUUUUCGGCAUUGUUGGAGUAUGUUGGUCGGCACUGUGGUUCUUCUACGUUUCUGACACUCCAGCAAACCAUAGAUUUAUGAGUAAAAAUGAGAAAGAAUAUAUUCAGCAGUCACUCGGACCGAUGUUAACAAGCAAGGCAAAACUCAAAGUGCCCUGGAAAGCGAUGCUAUGUUCGAGAUCUGUUUAUGGCUUGUUGGCAGGACAUUUUGCUAGUGACUGGGGAGCUUACAUAAUGAUGACCAGUUUACCUACAUAUAUGAACGACGCUCUGAAUCUUGAUUUAAACUCAAUGGGAGCCGCUGCAGCAGCUCCAUAUAUUGCAUAUUUCAUUUUCAUUAAUGUCGGAGGAUUUCUUGCCGAUAAAGUUCGGUCUGCAAAUUUGUUAUCAACGGCAAAUACUCGAAAGACUGCUAUGAUUAUAGCUAUGGGAGGUCAGGCUGCCUUUCUUGUUGCAAGUGGUUACUGUGGCUGUGGUCAGAAGACGCUCGUUAUUGUCUUUGUAACUCUUGGCAUUGGGGUUUCUGGCUUUGCUUAUGCUGGUUAUGUGGUAAACUACUUGGAUAUUGCUGGUCAAUAUGCUGGUUCAUUGAUAGGUAUUGGAAACACUCUAAGCUGCAUUGCCGGAAUUGUUGGGCCUAUUCUUGUAGGGUGCAUUACACAUGCGGGUACUACUGCUGAGUGGAGGCUUGUAUUCUGGAUUACAGCGUGUAUUCUAUUGGUUUUAACUGCCAUAUUUACACUUUUGGGAAGCAGUGACCUAGAACCAUGGGCUAUGGGUGAAGACCGGGAGGAAAGUGUAGAUUCAAAACAGCCUCUGGGAGAUGUGGAAAAAAUAUCAGUUGCUUCUAGUAAAGAAAAAUUCUAA